AUGCUAACUCGACUCACAACACACUUGCGAUUUUGCAGUUACAGUAUUUUCACGAUUUUUUUCUGCAUUGCCACUUCAGCUCAUUAGCGGUCACUGAACUAUAUCCUAGUCCCAAAGUUCUGCUUCUGAUUCACAAACCAGGUGCACAAGCUACUUGGCCUUGUGAUAAGGCAGUAGACAUCCACAUCAACGAUGUCAGGUAUCAUGGACGAGGGUUUCAGCGACGAGGAAAACAUGCCCAUGCAGUCAGGUCCCGCUCAUCCCGCUGCAGGGCACCCACACGCCAACCAUUCCCAGUCCAACAACGUCCACCACUUCCCGGCCGUGUCCCCGCCGCCCGCGUCAGCCGGCGGGAACAUGAUGAACAUCCCGGACGUGGUGAUGCAGGACGACCCCGAUCUGGAGUACGCGCUGGCCGUCAGCAUGGCCGAUCGGGGAUCCGAUAAGAUGGAUUAUCGCGGGGCCUUCGGGGGACAUCAUUCGCCGUUGUAUGCCGCGGAGCCGGAUGUCUUUCUGCCAUUGAACGAGCCCGAAGUACCCAUUCUGCCGUUGGAGGAUAUGAAUUUCGUCAUUGAUACCAUCCCCAUCGAUUUAGACACUUUUGUGGGGAGCCAUGCGGGCAUCAGCAAAACUCAGCGUCUGUUGCACAUUGCCAAACACUGUCCGCCGCUGCGUGUGGAUGCCUUCAAGAUGGUGCUGAAGCAUUUGGUGGAAACAUCGCAGGAUGUCACACUGUAUCAUAAAGUCUACGACGAUCUCAAGGCGGCACUGGCGGCGAACUUGAAAGGCGAAGAUGGUGAUGCGACACUGCCACGUAUGGAAGAGAACUGGAUGCGUGAGCAGAAGCGUGCUUUCGAUACCCGCCUGGAUAAACUGGAUAUCGACCUGAAGAACUAUAAGACUAAUUCUAUUAAGGAGAGUAUCAGUAGAGAAUGUGAUAUUCGCAGACGCGGCCACGAAGAAAUCGGGAAUCAUUACUUGAGCGCUGGGGACGCCAGCAACGCCCUCAAAUCCUUCAACAAAGCCCGUGACUAUGGGGAAGGCUUUAAGGAGCAAGCGCAGACGCUGGCUAAUCGUUUAAAGGCUUGUGUAUAUCUCCAAACGUUUCCCAACGGUAAAAGUCUUGUUGAGCAGAUGAAAGAUGUGGGAUUGCAGAUGGAACGAGGGCGAGAGGCUGCCAAAACGAAAGACAAGGAGCCGAACAGUGCAGCUGGUGGCGCCGCUCCCGCGGCACCGGUGAUCGACAAGAAACUGGAGACCUCGUGGAAUCUCAUUAGGGCCUGCAUUGCACUGUACCAUAUGUCCACGGGCAACUUCAAGGAUGCUGCUGAUCUCUUUAUUGCGCUUAAUUCGGAGUAUUGUGAAUUUCCUAUGGUUUUGACCGGGCGGGAUAUUGCUAUUUAUGGAAGUCUGUGCGCCAUAGCGACAUAUAAUCGCCAGGACUUGCGGGAUAAAGUUGUGAAUAACAAGAGUUUCAAGAGCUUCCUGGAAACUGCACCGGAAAUCCGUCGCCUGGUGGAGGUGUUUUAUAAUUCCAAAUUCCGUGAAUUUCUCAAGGCAUUCGAUGAGAUCAAGAACGCUUUGAUGUUGGAUGUCCUGUUGGCCCGUCACGUGGAGAAAUUGCUGCAACAUGCGCGUCGUCACGGCAUCACCGAGUACUUCCGCUGCUAUGCCAGUGUGGCGCUGGCGGAAAUGGCCGAAGAGUUCCGCUACACGGUGCCGGAGCUACAGGAUGAACUGACCAAAAUGAUUAUGGACGAGCAGUUGGACGCGCGCAUCGACUCCCUCACCCAGACGCUGAAUCGCCAGGAGAAGAACGUCUUUAUGGAAACGGCUUAUAAAAUCCAGCAGAAUGUGGAGACACUGCGGGAUCAUAUGCGUUUCGCGCUUAUUCGGACAAGUAUGGCGCGCAGUGGACUGAUUUUACGGGGUGCACGAGCGGAAGAGCAGUCGUCUGGCGUGCUGUAGAUGCCGAUCGGGACGGAAACGGGACGCGACGACGCCGUGCACUGCGUCACUUGUCAGCGAUCGACGCUUUUUGGCUUACAGAUCCGAUGGGUGCGUUUCAUGUGUUUUUUUGCUUUUGUUUUACGAUUUAGCUGAUUUGCAACUCGAUUAGAAUUUGAUUGCAACUAGCACGGAAAUCAACAUGUUUUUUUUCUGCUGACUGUGUUUCCUUUGGAAUGGAAUUGAUUUGUAUAGAUUCCGUUUGAUUUGAUUUAUUAGUAAAAUAUUCAAGAAAUAAAAAGAUUUCAGAGUUA